AUGAAAAAUAAUCCAAUUACAAAAUUAGGUAAAUAUUUAAUGCUUGAAGAAAUUGGCAAAGGCAACACUGGAAUUGUAUUAAUGUUAUUAAAUAUUAGGUUUAUAAAGCUUUGGAUACAGAAACUAAAAAAAUUGUUGCAAUAAAAAAAAUUCCAAAAGAAAAGGCAGACAUAGAUAAGAAUAAUAUUAAAAAGUAUAUUGAAAAUGAAAAAAUGAUAUUAUAUUUCUGUAAAGAAAAAGGAUAUUAAAAUAUCAUCUAAAUAAUUGAUUCUUUUGUUACAAUUAAUUAGCAUUACAUAGUUUUAGAAUAUUGCCCCUGUAUGUAUAUAUUAUUGAAUUUUUAGAUAACUUAUUGAAAUAUGUUAAUAAACUAAAGAGUAAUUCAGAAUUUUUAAGUGAAGAUAUCGCUAUCACAAUAUUACUUUAAAUAAAUUAGGCUAUGCUUAGAUUACAUGAAAAUUUUAUCUAUCAUAGAGAUUUGAAACCAGAAAAUGUUCUCAUUUUUGAUUAAGAUGGGAAUUGUUAAAUUAAAAUUACAGAUUUUGGUUUUUCAAUAAUUCUAUCUAAAGAGGAUUUACUGACUACAAGUUUAGGGACUUAAGGUUAUAUAGCCCCUGAAAUUUAAAAGGGGUAGAUAUAUGAUCCAAAAUAAUCAGAUAUGUAUUCCUUAGGAGUAAUUUUAUACAAAAUUCUUUGUAAUCCUAAGGAUGAUAAAGAUGAGAAGGAAACAAGAUUUGAUUUUAAAUUAAAUCCAAAUUUAAGUAAUGAGAUGAAGGAUUUAAUUGAAAAAAUGGUAAGGAGGGAUCCAUAAGAUAGAUUGAAAUGGGAAGAAUUAGGAUAUCAAUAAGCAAUUUAAAAAAAUAAUCUAACUCACACAUAAGAAUUAAAUAAUUAUCAUUUAAAAAAAUGGGAAAAUAAAAUUUAGAUUUUAAAUUGUUGCUUAGAAGAUAUUUAAUAAACUAAAUAAAAACAUUAAGAUUUAAAAAAUAUAUUAGAAAUUUUUGAAUAUCAAAUAUUAAUCAAAAAGAAAAAAGAGAUAGAAAAAUAAUUAGAGAGGAUUAAUCUUUAAUCAGAAAGUAAAGAAAAAUAAUAAUAGGAAUAUUAGGAGGAUAUAUUGAAAGUCCAAAAUCAAUAACAAUAACUUAAUAUAUAAAUCAUAUAAGAUUAUGAAAAAGAAUUUGAAAACAACAUAAUAUAAAGAUCAUAAGAAGUUGAAAAUUUAAAAAAUGAAAUCUAAAAAAAUGAAAAUGAAAAUUCAGAAUAAAAUCAAUAAAAUCUUGCUGAGUUAAAAGAAAAAAAAAAAUAAUUAGAUGAACUUUAAAGUUUGAGGUAUAAAAUUAAAUUCUAUGAUGAUUUUGAUAACGAUUUUGUAAUUUUAUGUAAUUUAAAUAGUAUAAUGUAUUUGAAAAAGAGAAGAUAAGAAAGAGAUAUAAAAAUAAAUUUGAUGAUCUUUUAACAGAAACCUAAAAUGGUUUAUAAGAUUUUAAUUCUUUUUUUAAAAGUCUUUAAUUAAAUAACUUGAAACAAACUAAUUAGAAUUUAUUAAAUCUAACUCAAAAUUCUUAAAUAUUGCUUAAUGAAAUUCCCUGA